GUGUGUAUCUAUUGUUAGGACGCCAGUAGCGCGAAACAUGAACAGACGCAGAGACUUCAUGGCUCAAUGCGACGCGACAGCCUCCGGUUUAAAGCACGCGCUGGAUAUUCUGCGCUCUUUAUAUCCGCUCGUGCAGACGCUCGAGGAAUUAAUUAAAGGAAUCGUGUUUUCUGACGGCCGGAAGCCCGUUCUGACGGAUGACAGUGACGGCGCGCGCUUUCAAACCCUCGCCAGAGGACUGAUGAUAUGCGCGAUCACGCCACUGCAGCCGGUGCGCGCUCCCGUGCAGCUCGGCACGCUGCCGGAGGUUUUGGCCUUUUCACUGAAUCACAUCAAACGUAAGAAGCUCAGGAACGUUCUGGGAUUCGGCUAUCAGUGCAGUGACGUACCGGCCUGCUCGGACCCCUUCAGAUUCCACGGCGAUAUUUCCCAGAGCGCCGCUUACAUCAGCACCAGUCAGCUGUGGAAGAGGAUCAAUCAGAGACUGGGGUCAGAGGUCACCAGGUAUCUGCUGCAGGACUGCGCCGUGUUCAUCACCGUCCCACCGUCCUGUCUGCUGCAGGUGUGCGGUGAACCCGUGUAUGACCUGCUGCGCUCACGACCCUGGUCUGGAUUCAGUCUGAGUCAAAACUCCCUUCACGUGCCCAUCAAGAAACCCACACGGAAAACGCCCGUCAGGACGGGUCAUGGCAGGAACAAGAGGAAAGUAGUUCCGAACAAGACUUCGAAGAGAGCGAGAGAUGAAGAUGUGGCACGUGAUCACGUCCCUGUGAUGAAGAGGAGGCGUCUGAGUGUUGAAUCUGAGCGGGGCGACGAAGAUUCGGGUCAGCCGGCCAAUCAGCCCUUGAACGCCUGUCCACAAAGUCACGGAGCUCAGAGCUGGAAACCUGGCGAUCAAACGCCUCCUCGCCCAUCUCACUGUUACAUCCGUGUUCCCAGCAUGCUCUACAACGGGCGGGGCAUGCAGGGCUUCCUCCUCAACAGGAAGUUGAAAGCAGGCGCGGGUGGGCCGAGGCGUCUGCAGGGGGCAGAUCUGGUCCGUAUCGUUUUCUUUGGAGGAAAGUUGCACCCGUCUGAUGAAAAGGCCAAACCCAAGAAACUUCCCAAGCGCUUCUUCAACACCGUGCCAAUGUUCGCUCGACUCCUGCAGCAGCACAGGAAGUGCCCGUACACCCUGUUCCUGCAGACCAAGUGCUCCGUGAACACUGAGAGCGAGGAGAUGGAGUCUUUACUGAGAAGUCACUGCUCACCCUACAGGGUUUAUCUGUUCGUGAGAGAAUGCUUGAGUUACGUUAUUCCAGACGAGCUCUGGGGCUCCCGUCAAAAUCAACUCCACUUCCUGUCCAACGUCAAGGACUUCCUGCGGCUCGGCAAAUUUGAUAGCGUCUCAUUGGUCCAGCUAAUGUGCAGGAUGAAGGUUAAUGACUGCCAUUGGCUGGGACUCAAGAAACGUCAGUGUGCGAGUGAGCACAGGUAUCGUGAGUGGAUCUUUGCUCAGUUUCUGCUCUGGAUGUUAAAUGAUUUCGUGCUGGGUCUGGUUAAAGCUCUCUUCUAUGUCACUGAGAGAAUGGGACAGAAACACACGCUCACGUUCUACAGGAGGGAAAUCUGGACCAAACUACAGCAAAUGGCCUUCAGAAUGCACUUGUCUAAAGGCCAGUGGAGGGCGCUGUCUGCUCCUGAGAGCAUCAAAUCCCCAGAGACCACCAUAACAUCACGCAUCAGAUUCAUCCCCAAGGUGAACAGCAUGAGACCCAUCACACGCCUCACAGGACCCAGAGAAUCACUGCAGCAUUUUCAGAGUUGUGUGCGAGUCCUGCAGAACGUGUUGAGCGUGUGUGUGAAGGAGACUCCGGGACCCAUGGGCUCAACAGUUUGGGGUUGGCAGGACAUCCACAGAGUUCUCAAAGACGUCACCCCUCAACAGAAGUGCUCACCGCGACCGCUGUAUUUCGUCAAGGUGGACGUGAGCAGAGCGUAUGACAGUCUUCCUCAUGUGAAACUGGUGGAGGUGUUGAGUGAAGUGUUGGGUCCGUUCGCUCAGCAGAGCUUCUUUCUGCGUCACUACGCUCGCCUGUGGCUCGACCCAAACCAGGGUCUCCGGAAGCGCUUCUGCACGAAGACCGAGAUAACCGAGCCCAUGAACAUGAAGAGUUUCGUUCUGGAUGAACAGGCCGGCGGCACGCUGCACAACGCCAUCCUGGUGGAGCGGCACACGUCUGAAGUCCGAGGCGCAGACGUCUUGCAGUUCUUCAAGAAGAUGUUGAGCAGCUACAUCAUCCAUCACGAGAAGAAAAUGUUCCGUCAGGUGUGUGGCAUUCCGCAGGGAUCUUCAGUGUCGGCUCUGUUGUGUAAUCUGUGUUAUGGACACAUGGAGAACUCGCUGCUCAAGGGCUUCCACAAGGGCGGGUGUCUGAUGAGACUGGUGGAUGAUUUCUUACUCAUUACACCUCAUCUGAGUAAAGCCACUGAGUUCCUGACAACCUUGUUGGCUGGCGUUCCCGAGUACGGCUGUAAAAUAAACCCUCAGAAGGUGGCGGUGAAUUUCCCGGUGUGUGAGGAAUGGGAGAGGUCAGGGGUCAGCGUGUUUCAGUCUCACUGUUUGUUCCCGUGGUGCGGCCUGCUGCUGGACACGCACACGCUGGACGUGUUUAAGGAUUACUCGCGUUAUGACGGCCUAUCACUACGCUACAGCCUGACGGUCGGCUCCGCCCACUCACCGGCCACACUCAUGAAGAAACUGCUGUCACUUCUGAGACUCAAAUGUACCGACAUCUUCAUAGACCUCAGGAUGAACUCUGUGGAGUCCGUUUACAGAAGCUUGUAUAAACUCAUUCUGCUGCAGGCUCUGAGGUUUCACGCGUGUGUGAAGAGUUUGCCGUUGGGACAGAAUGUGGAGACAAAGCCUUCAUUCUUUUUAAAGAUGAUCUGGACGAUGGCUCGAGUAGUUAACAAGCUCAUACGACACGCAAAUAACGGUCUUGUUGUGGGUUCAUCAGACGGUGCGGGUGUGCUGCAGUAUGAAGCGGUUCAGUUGUUGUUCUGUUUGGCGUUUGAUGUUAUCUUCAGACGUCACAGACUUGUGUAUCGCUCUCUUCUCCCUCCACUGCACAAACGGAGAAGACGUCUUCAGUGUGCACUGCAGGGCAUCAGACUGGCUCGAGUUCAUCAGGCCUCCACACCCAGAAUCCCUCAGGAUUUCAAAACCAUCAAAACUUGAAGGUGGAUGAUGAUGCGUCACACGACAGACUGUUUCAUUUGAUGCGUCUCAUUCAGGAUCAGACCGGAGCUGUAAAUGUUUGAUGGUUUCUCAUUAAACUCAAAUCUGUGAUAAGAGAAGCUUGUAAAGUUUGUUUUUGUCAGCUGUCAUCUGCUGUUUAUCACAAAUCACUUCAAGACCGUUGUUAUGUUCAUGUGUUCUGUACAGAAAAUGAAUGAAGAAUGUUGUUCAGACGACUGAAAUCGCACAAACAUCUGUUUUUGUUCUGAUCAACAUGAU